ACAGCCAUCUUUAGCUUGCCGGCGACCAAUUUGAGUUUGAACAGUCCUCCUCAGUUGACAUAGCCUUGACCUGGCAGUAAACAGGGUAACCAUGGCCCAGUCCAAACCCCUUCUCGUGGUCGCCAUUGAUAUCGGUACAACAUAUUCUGGCUACGCCUUCUCCUUCCAACACGAGUUUCUGGCUGAUAAACUCAAGAUUACAACCAACAAGGUUUGGUUAGAUGGGGACAACCACCUUCAGACCUCGUACAAAACCCCGACAUCUGUACUGUUUGACCCGGAUGGACAUUUCCACAGUUUCGGAUAUGAAGCGGAGACAAAGUACUCGCAACUCGCCAAAAACAAGGAGGAGAAAAACUGGUUGUUAUUCCGUCGAUUUAAGAUGAGCCUCUACAAAUCUGAGAUAAGUGAGACUAUGGAGCUGGAGUCGGUGUCCGGACAACGGUUGAAUGCCCUCAGUGUAUUUGCCAUGUCAAUACUGUACCUUAAGAAGCAUUUCAGUGGAAGCCUUCAGCAGCAAGUGGCUGACUCGGAGAUCCAAUACGUGCUGACGGUACCUGCUAUAUGGGGCGAGGAUGCCAAGCAGUUCAUGAGGAAAGCCGCUAUGCAGUCUGACAUACUUGGAGAUCAACUGGCUAUUGCACUGGAACCGGAAGCGGCCUCCAUUUUCUGUCAGUCCUUAUUAGCUAACAGCCGAUCCGAUGACGAAUUCUGUGACGCAGGCGACAUCUCGCGGAAUGGAUCUCGAUACAUUGUUGUGGACGCGGGAGGUGGUACUGUGGACACGACAGUGCACGAGGUGAUGCUCAGCGGGGAUCUCAAAGAACUACACAAAGCCAGCGGGGGAGGUUGGGGCGGCACUCAGGUAGACGAUCAGUUCACCGAACUAUUGCUCAAGAUUUUUACCGUAAAGGUGAUGAAGGAGUUCGGCAAAAACCACAAAUUGGAUUGGCUGGAACUCGAGAAAGAAUUUGAAAUCAAUAAACGGAGGAUAUCUAGUAAUGAUGAACAGAAAUUCACCUUCCGGUUGCCGGCUUCUCUACAUGAAACGUUCAGCUUUCACAGCAAGUGCUCGUUAGAGGACCAAGUGGCUGAGUCUGGGUUAUCCGAAGAUGUUCGGUUUACAGGUGACAAGAUGAGAAUCAGCGGUAAAGUGAUGCAGUCGUUGAUGAAACCAACCAUUCAGAAAAUUAUCACUCAUGUAGAAACACUAAUGGCGGAUCCCAAGUGUAGAGGAAUUUCCCACAUCUUACUGGUGGGUGGGUUUUCCGAAUCGCCAUUUCUCCAAGAGGAGUUCAGGAAGAACUUCCGGUCUGUGAAUGUGGUCACUCCACUGGACGCCGUAUUGUCUGUGGUGAAAGGGGCGGUGAUAUUCGGCCAUCGGCCCGGUGCCAUUGGAAUCCGUCUGGCUGCCUUUACUUACGGAACUGAUAUCUUAUCCAUUUUUGACGAUGGUGAACAUGAUCCUGACAAGUUAAUUAUGAUUGAAGGAGAGAGGAGGUGCGAGGAUAUAUUUGACAGAUUUGUUUCUGUUGACGAAGAAGUGCCAAACGGUAUGGAAACUAGCGAACAUACCUUGAAUCCGAUUUACUCUGGACAAACAGAAAUGUGGCUUGCAGUGUACAAAUCCACGGUGACCAAACCCAAAUAUACAACUGACCCUUCAUGUUCUAAGUUAGGUAGUUUCACAGUAGACAUGCCGGAUUUGACGGGAGAGAAGGACCGUGAAGUCGGAGUGAAGUUUAUAGUUGGUGGCACAGAGCUCAAGGUGAAAGCUCACGAGAAGACGACCGGGAAGAUCUUCGACGCUACCUUUAACUUUGUGACAAAGUAAGUCAGACUAUCUGUAUGCUAUCCAGAGCCACAGACAGCGGACUGAAGAUAAAAAAAAUAUGAGCUCUUGGAACAGCUUACCCCAACCUAAUAUUCUGAACGCGGAAGGGGUCUGAACUUUGUUGCGAAUACUGUUGUAAUCUUUGAUAUCACUUUCACUGAAGAAUUGGUCUUGAGGCAUCAACUAACAAGACGUGUCACGUGAUUGUUGCUUUGUCAGUAAAUGUAUUAGAUAGGAUAUCCUGUCAGAUAUUAACACCCAAGAUAUUUGUUUUUAGUAGGCACAUAUAAUGCACAUUCUGUGUUUAUCAUUUAUGUUUAAUAUAUGAAAUUAACCAAAAAUAGAAUGUUCGUAGUUACGGAUGGUAGCUACGCCAGUAAGUAUUAGACAAGGUAAGCUUACAAAGUAAACCCAUGAUAUAUGUUUUGAGUUGACACAUUACAGAUUUGGUGUUUCUUAUCAUAUAUGUUUAACAUAUACAACUAACCAAGAAUAUGAUGUUCUUAGUAGUUGUAUUAUUUAUUUAUAGUUUAUGGACAGAAUACGGUAUAAUAUACCAUAGAAAGACUCUGAGAGUCUGGAGAUGCACAGUUGGCCGAAGUGGUUACCACGCCAACGCGGCGAAAAGACCUAGUACCCUUUUACCAAUGUGGUCGCUGUGAGUUCAAGUCCAGCUCAUGGUUGCUUCCUCCGUGGCCGAACGUGCGAAAAUUUGCCAACAACAUGC